UUCGGCCCUGACCCUCAGGUGAGGAUCAGCUUGUGCGCCAUGAGAUCGCUGCGGCUCUUCUUCUUCUUCCUGCUCCUCCAUCUGAGCUCCCCAGGUUCGAAGGCAGCCCCCUCAGCUCCUCCGCCUCCGGAGCCCUCGAAGCAGCGCAACGCGGAGGGCGGGGUUGUUUCUGGAGCAACCUCCCCUCCAGAGACCCCAGUCCCGACCCCUCAGCAGCCGGAAUCACCAAAAGCCCCUCACUCGAUCCCCUCCAAAACUUCCCAGGCAGAAUCCUACGAAAGCCCGGACCCUGCUACUCCUGGAGUCGUACUUCCAGAAUCCCUGAGGGUCUCUGCCUCAAUCCCUCCAGCACCUUCCCAGCCAGAAUCCCAUGCAACCGAGAACCCUGGAGCCUCUGAGAUUUUACAACCAGAACCCCACACUUCUGAACCCUCAGCUGUAAACCCAGAAUCCCAGGCCAGCCCCAGUCCUGGCCUCCCUGAGAUUCCCCCCUCUGAAUUCCUAGGGGCCUCCAACCUUCCUCUGAAAACUUCCUCCCCAAAACCUCCCAGUGCCCCGCAGCAUGAGCCCUCAGAGACGGCUCCCCCAGUUCCUGGGACGCCCAGCUCUGAACCCCCAGGACCAAUGCAAUCCGAAUCUCCUGUGACUCUUAUCCCUGACCCCCCAGAGACUCCCCAUCUGGAAUCCUCCCCCGUUGUUCAGUCUGAAGGCCCAGAAACACCCCACCCAGAAUCCCACGCCACACCCAGCCCUGCCCCUCCAGAAAUGUCCCAUAUGGAAUCGCCCACUACCGCCAGGGCCAACUCCUCGGAAACCCCUUACUUAGAAUCUUCCAUAACUUCCCACUCUGGGUUCCCCGAGACUUCCUACCAAGAAUCAAGUCAAUCGGAUCCCCAACCCUCGAAAGGCCCUCAGAACCCACUCCCUGCAGCCGCCGGCCUCCUGGAACCACCAUCUCCCCCUGGUCCACCAGUUCGGGCCAGACCUCUUCAGCGGAGACAUGGGAGCGACACUGUGAAUACCAUCAUCGUAGUGGAGAGAGUUCAGGAGACCGGUGUGACCCUGGUGGGUAAGCCUCGCGGAGCGGGAGGCGGGGCUCUGUGCCUCUUCGUGGCUGGAGCCGGGCUCCUGCUCGGAGUUUUCCUUCUCCUUUGGUGUCUAUACCGCCGGGCUGCGCGUUCUAGACCCUUUGGACACCACCGUCUUCCGGACUACAGUGAUGAACCGGCUCUCCACCUGGACGCCCCGAAGGAUCCUUAUGACUUCCACUUUUACGCCCCGGACGCAUGGGUUCCCUCCCACAUCGCCACCAAGCAGCCACCUAGCACGCCCCCUCUGCCUCCCAAGCUGCCUCCGCCCCCGGGCCGGACUUCGUCGCCGCCGCGCCUGGAGCCGCUCUCCCCCGCAGCUCUGCCCAACAACUUCGUGUGAGCCGGAGCCUAGCCGAGAGAGGGGCCCGGGGCCCCCAGAACCCUGGCUUCUACCCAGCAUGAUUUGUGCUUGUAGUCUUGACACGGGGCGGGAGGAGGGGGAAGAGUCUGAGGUGCUUCGGCUUCCGCUCCUGGGAACCCCACUGACGCAGAAUUAAAAAGUAUCGUCCCCAGAACUGGUCCCGCCCUUGCCUUUCCAAACCUGACUGGAUGGCUCAGUCAUUAAGGGGGCUGAGGGAAGGGUCUGGGAGCCCUGGGAAGAGGCUGUCGAAGGGGGCGAAACAGGCUGGAGGUCCAGAUAUCUGGGACCACACCUAGGUCUACAUUGACUCGACAGUAUUUUAUUUUGACCAGACGUGGCACACAUUCACACACUCACAAACUGGCCCCUCCACCCUCACCCCAGUAGGGGUCCUCCCGGACCGUAGUCAGCCUUGGGCUAGGAAGGGAAGAGGCCCGGGCUGUAAAUCCCUCCUGCCGUGAAGGCCUUGGAAAUAAGCUUGGGUGACCACAGCGAAGGCCCCUGACCGGGACGGGGGAGGCGGGGGAGGAAUAAAGUGCAAGGAUUUAGGAAGCUUCAGACCAUUUCUGAACGCGGUUGCCAAGGGCCUGCUCAGCUGGAGAGGCGCUGGCUAGCGGGGCCAGGGGCGGGGGGCGGGGGGAGGAGAGUCGGGGCUCAACUCAAAACGGCCUUCUAGGUGGCUCCGGGGGACCUGGAAACCACCAUUAAAAGCCUGAGAAAUCCCCAUUUUGUUUUUUGUUUGUAGGGAAACUUUGAAACCACAACUGAUGGAGAGAUGAGGGUCUUCCUAUGAGGGCCUGAGGCUUGGAGGGGUGUAUGUUGUAAUUUCAAAAUCUCUUAUCAUUGAAAGGAGGGGCUUUACAAUUGGCAUGUAGUUAAUGUUGUAGCAGAAGUGGGCCCUAGAAACAGCUGGGGAAAG